AUGUCCUCGUGGCGCUCAAAAAUACCUACCGUAACCCAAGUACAACAUUUUCUACGCGGGAUUGUGUAUGAGCAGGAAGUGGAUUAUUCGAGGUUUGAGACAAAACUGGAUGGAUCAGAAGUGAUAACCUUCCGUGAGAAUGACAAAGCCUUCCGAUUAUUUGGGACAAACGUUCAUGUGAAGGUCGGAUCCUACAUCGCGUGUGCCAUCGGAUUCGCCGUCACCAUCGCAUUCUGCGUCUCUUACUCUCUAUUCCACUCUCGUGGACAGGGACGGAAUCCGUUUAUUGAUCAUUUGGAGAUCAUUGAUUUGAUCUUCGCCUUCCUUGUGGGUCUACCAUGCCAUAUUUUGCUAUUUUACGGGCUUCAGAAGAGCAAAAAGGUCUUCUUUAGCCCGUUCCUUGUGUUUUACAUGACAAACUUCAUUUUGAACUGCAUUUUCACAAUUUUGACGCUUGGAGCAUUUGCCAUGGAUGUUCAUCGACGAGUUUUCGGGAAUAUUCGAUUUGAUUUGGGAUGGACUGCUUUUCAGAUCUGCUUCACUGCCGCCCAGGGGCUUGCGAUCUACGUUGUGAUGCGUGGGCGUAAAUACGUGGCUGCCAAGAGCUUCUGGAUGAAUAAGUAUAAUCAGAGAACGGGUCCUGAUGAUAUCAUUGAUGCUUAAUUUAUAUCGAAUAUGAAAACUUAUGAAAAAGAAUAAAAAUAUGAUUUUUAAAAAAAUUUUGUUCUAAUUUCAAAAAAUAACUUGACAACAUUUUGAAGUUCAAUUUUUUUCAAAAACAUUUAAUUUUUAAAAUAAAUUUGUGUACGAUUAA